AUGAGGACGCCGAUUCGCAGGCUAUCCUCCACCCUCAAAACCCUCCACCCAAACCCUACCUCCACGGCCGCCGCCAUUGCCAUCUGCUCAUUCUCCACUAAUCGAACCACCGGAAAGGGCCGAACCAGGGAAGACGAGUGGAACGACGCCUGGAAAACAGCCUGGCUUCCCAACGACUUGACCGGAAAAUCACAACGCGCCCCAUGGGCGUCCAAUAUGGAUCCCGAGACCCAGGCUUUUGUAGAGGACAUGAACGAUAACUGGGAUCAGAGGAAGGGCAAAUCGGUAAAAAAGGACACCGAUCGAGAUGCCGGCAAUCCAGGACCGGGAUCGGGAUCUUCGUCUUCUUCUUCAUCGCUUUACAACUUGGAGAACAUCAAGAGUGAUUAUAGGCUGACGAAGCAGAAAAUUCACGCGGGGCUGUGGGUGAAGGAGAUUGAGAGAAUGGAGGAGGCUAAAUUGGGGGAUUCCGUUCAUGGCGACGACGAUAUUGAGAAACUACUCGAUAGCGCCUCUGAGAUAUUUGAUUCUGCAAACAAUGAUUUUGGGGACCCAGAAAAUGCCGGCUCAGAGUUAAAAAACAAGCCUGAUGGCUGGGAAACAACAUCAAAAGCUCAAGAUGGCAAUGUUUGGGAUAUGUCACAAAGAGAAGAAGAUAUUUUAGUUCAAGAAUUUGAGCGACGUAUUGCGUUCAAUAAAUUCAAGAUUGCGAGCUUCAUAAAAACUCACAUAUUUAGCCGGAGGAGGCCCAUUGAUGGAUGGAAGUACAUGAUAGAGGAAAUAGGAUCAAAUGCGAGGAAGGAAGAAGCUUUGCCUGUUUUGUCUUUACCUCAAAAUGCCUCACAUAGACCUCCGUCUCCUCAAUCUUUAGUUUCUUCCACGCCUUUUGAUCCGCCGGUCCAAGCAAGAAGGUAUUCGGCGGAUGAAAAGGCUUGGAAGAAACUCAAGAUUGAGGAGAUGGAGGCCUUUGUGAGGCAUUCAGAGGUGAAGACAAAACAAGCAAAGCUUCUUCUGCAGUCCAUCAAGUCCAAUUACUAUUAA